AUGUGCAUUCACACUGGAGUGAAACCGUAUCAGUGUUCACAGUGUGGAAAGAGUUUUAAUGGACCGAGUGCUCUUAAAAUACACCUGCGCAUUCACACUGGAGAGAAACCAUAUCAGUGCUCACAGUGUGGAAAGAGUUUUUAUAUACAGAGUACUCUCAAAAGUCACCAGCGCAUUCACACUGGAGUGAAACCGUAUCAGUGCUCACAAUGUGGGAAGAGUUUUAAUCAACAGUGUGAUCUUAAAAUACACCAGCGCAUUCACACUGGAGAGAAACCGUAUCAGUGCUCACAGUGUGGGAAGAGUUUUAAUCAACAGUAUGAUCUUAAAAUACACCAGCGCAUUCACACUGGAGUGAAACCGUAUCAGUGCUCACAGUGUGGAAAGAGUUUUAAUCAACAGAGUAAUCUUAAAAUACACCAGCGCAUUCACACUGGAGAGAAACCAUAUCAGUGCUUACAGUGUGAGAAGAGUUUUAAUCAACAGUGUCAUCUCAAAACACAUCAGCGCAUUCACACUGGAGAGAAACCAUAUCAGUGCUCACAGUGUGGUAAGAGUUUUAAUCAACAGAGUCAUCUCAAAACACACCAGCGCAUUCACACUGGAGAAAAACAUUAUCUGCAUCCGGAAUCAGAUACUAACAGAGUCUGUACUAGAUUUUAAUCAACAGAGUUUGUGCUGUUAAUACAGUUCAUGUGGUAAAUGUUUACUGUUUGUUUAAGAGUCGUUUGGUAACUGAUGAUGAUUCAUUGUAGCGGUUCGCUAAGUGAAGCGAUUCGUGCACGAGAAUGUAGUGUAGCCUCGUGAAGUUCAUUUCAUGCCUGUGGAUGCAUUGUGGGUAUGUUUAUUUGUUAAUAGACAUUUUAAUUGAUGUUUAUUAAGAGUAUUAGUUGAUUUUGUAUUACAUGCUUGA